AUGGGCAAGGAGACAGGAGACCACAAGGGUGCUCCAGCCACUACGGUGGAUGAGGAAGCUGGAUUCUCGACCUCUUCGAAUAGCUCGCAAGAGCACAUUGUGAAGCCGACUUCAACAUGGAAGGGCUAUAUCUGGGAUACCUGGGAGCUUCCCAAGGAGGAACGCUGGCUUUUGUUCAAGGUUGAUGCAUUUGUGCUGACCUUUGCUUCGAUUGGCUACUUCCUCAAGAAUCUCGAUCAGUACAAUGUCAACAAUGCUUUCCUCAGUGGCAUGCAAGAGGAUCUUUCAAUGUAUGGAAAUCAGCUUGUGACCAGCACUUCGAUCUGGACUGUUGGAUAUGUCAUCGGUCAGAUCCCCUCGAAUCUGCUGUUGACCAGACUUUCGCCGCGCAUUGUUAUUCCCUCCCUCGAACUUGGUUGGGGAGUUGCCACCAUUGCCACAAGUGCAGUAUCCUCGUACAAAGCACUUUAUGCUCUGAGAUUCCUGGUCGGCUUAUUCGAAUCGGGCUUCUAUCCUGGCAUCCAUUAUCUUCUCGGUAGUUGGUACACCCCUCGUGAGCUCGGCAAGCGCGCCAUGAUCUUCUGGCUAGCCGGUUCGAUGGGACAACUCUUCAGCGGUUUUCUGCAGGCUGCAGCAUACACUGGUCUCAACGGAGUGCACGGUCGAGCAGGUUGGAGAUGGCUUUUCAUCAUUGACGGUAUCAUCACACUUCCUUUGGCGCUCAUGGGCUAUCUUUUCUUCCCGAAUCUACCUCAGGGGAACGUAAAGACAUGGUGGACCACGGAAGCGGAACAUCAGCUUUCAAUCAAACGCAUGAAGGCUAUUGGGCGUGCUGGCAAGGAGCCCUGGACUUGGCCCAAAUUCAAGAGACUCCUAUUCAGUUGGCAUACCUACAUUUUGCCCAUGUUGUAUGUCAUUUGGAAUAAUGGUAGUUUUCAACCUGCCAUGGGUUUCUGGCUCAAAAGCUUCAAUAAGAAACCUAAUCCAGUGCCCGGCGUUAACUUCACAAUCCCAGAGAUCAACUACCUGCCCAACGUGACAGUUGGCGUUUUUAUUGGCAUGGCCUUCCUUUGGGGAUGGGCGUCCGACGGCCCUCUACAUGGUAGACGUUACCCUUUCAUCUACGCCGGCGCCGUGAUCAAUUUGAUCUUCUCUAUCGUUCUACGCCAGAUGCCGCUCUACAGCGACAUUCAUGGCCGAAAGAUUGUGUAUUGGCUCAGUCAAAUCGGGUUUGGAGCAGGCCCUCUCAUCUUGAGUUGGAUUAACGAGAUAUGUUCGGAUGACACUGAGAAGAGAGCAUUGCUCGUAGCCGCAGGCAACGAUUUUGCCUAUGUGGUGCAAGCGGUAGCUCCUAACUUCGUCUGGAAAACUACAGACUUUCCGGCCGCAAGAAAGGGUUAUACAUGGUCCCUGGUUCUCCAGAUUCUACUUCUACUGUGGACAGCCCUCAUCCAAAUCCUGUUAUGGCGAGAUAAACGUAUCGCGGCAAAGCGCAGGCAAAGUGAGGCUGCUGAAUCUCAUGGGGAAGAUGCUGCAGGACUGAGUGUACCCAGUGAAGCGGAUAAGAAGCGAAUCAGUUUCGAAGCAGUUGCCAUUGCGCCUGCGGCAGGUCCCAUCACCCAAUAG